AUAGAAGAUUAAAGGAUUGGUUUCGCUCCAUGGAAGACUUAAUUCACAAUAUCACGCAAAAUUGGAGUCAUUUCAAACACUGACAUGUUAAUUAACUAUGCUAAUAAAAUCUACUAUUAUCCAAUUACACUGACAUAACAGACGCCCAUUGAAUCGAUUACAACUAAUUGAUCCCCAGGCCCAGGCUCAUGUUUGCGAUUAUGCACCAUAUUGUGAUAAAAUCGACGAACGUAACGUACGUGGUUUCGGUUUAACAAGAAAGUUCUGCUAAAUAUUAAAAAUGAAGUUUAAUAUAAUGAAAAUCAAGCUUAUUUUGUUUCUAAUAGUCAUUGUUCGUGCCAAAGAAAACAGCGAGUGUAAAGAAAUACAUUUAAACAAUGUGCCGCACAAGAAACACGUACUAGGAAUGGGUUUGAACCGUCCGUAUCAGCUAGCCUACGAUCUUAAGGAACACAAAGUUUUCUUCAGUUACAACGUUGGAAAUGACACCGAAGACACGUUUCAGAUUGGCUUCCUAAAGAAAGGACAUAUAAAACACGAGGAAGUACCCGAUGUUGUAAACGGAUUCGCUAUCGCAAUCGACAAUAAAGAUGACGUAAUCUAUUUCGGAGGCAGUGAAGGCAUUUACAAGCAUCACCUCAAACCAAACAGCACUGUAGAAAAAAUCGUCAGCGAUCGUAAUGUCUGGGACAUGUUUUUUAAACAUCACCUGUACUUCAUCGAAUAUCCAUCCCAACAUCUCUACAAGUGCGUUCACGAAAAAUCUGGCGUGGCAACCGAACAUCAAAAACAUAUACACGAGAAAAUAUAUCAAUUCGUUAUCGACGGAGACGAGGAUAUUUUCAUCACAAACGAGACAGGCUUGUAUAGAAUCAAGAAAAACACCACAGAUAGGAUCUUUUAUGGAGAGCCCACUGUGUUUCGAGCCAUUGAAGUGAACAACAAAGGUGUAGCCUAUUUUAGUGCCAAAGACGGUAUUUAUGUUGCAAACAAAACGAGUGACACACUCGAGAAUGUCGCUCGUAUAAAAAAUAUAUUCGGUCUGGCCUUCGAUAACGAUGACAACAUUAUUUACUCGAGUCCUUAUGAAAUUAUCAAAUUAUUGCCAGAACGCUGCAAAUAAUAGUCGAUAUGUUAAUAACUUAUUUAUAUUAUAAUAGCAAUAUAUUUGUAACUAAAUAAUUAAGCUUCAAUGUCUUAACUGUUAGGGACUCAGAUCCAAUUUCCACACGAUGAAAAAAAAUUGAGUUUCUACCUAACACAUAAUACUUAACUUAAAAAUGCUUAACACGAAGUUACUUUUGAGUGACGUUAUCAGUACACUGGGGUACAAAAUAAUUAUAAAAACUACAAAGUACGAGUUGUAUAAUAAAUAUUAUAAUCUGC